CGUCGACCGAGUCGAAAUGAAAGCGGGGAAGCGGCAGCCGCGGCGGCAGCGUUCAUCCUGAAAAGCCCGGCAAAAACGCGAUUUUUGAAUUCUCGCAGAUUCGCGCCAUAUUACCGGAUAAUUAACGUCCUCCCGAAUUCGCAGGUGUUUUGUUUUACGACGCGGAAUAAAUCAGCGGGUCAUUAUCAAAUAAUAAAGUCACAUGUCGCCUCCUUACAGAUAAUGACUAAUUGUUAGCGCAAAUUUGGUGAGACGAAAAGUGCCGGUUUUAGGACGACACCGAUGUAAAACCGUAUUUCUACGCUUGGUGUUUUGGUGAUUUGGUGAUCCGGCCGCAGCUCCGAGGAUGUGGCCCAUACUAUCCUUCACCCUGGCCACGAUGGUCUUGAUGGCGAUAUCGGUGGUCAGAUCGGAAAACAAUUCGGCCGCUCUCUGUCCCGGAAGUGCAGACAAAGGCCCGUGUAACCGGAACAUCUACAAGUGGGCGUUCGACCACAACAGGAAAGAAUGUUCUACUUUCGUGUGGGGAGGUUGUGGUGGUAAUGAUAAAAAUAGGUUCGACAGCGAGAAGCAGUGUAUCCAAAAGUGUUUCCACGUGGCCAGGAAUCAAAUCACGCUCGUGAACGGAACCAGCGUACCCAAAGACCAAAGGGGUCCGAAACUGACGUUCCAGGAAACGGGAAAGGACAAUACGUUCAUGUUCGCCCAGUCCAAUACGUUCAUACAAAUCGACGGUGACAUAAUCCAGACGUUUCAGUUGAGAUUAUGUAGACAAAUUUCGUUUCAAUUUCGAACGCGGCUACCCCACGGCCUCCUGGUCUAUCACAACGUCAAAGUGCCCACCGGCAUUUCCCUCCAGCCUUACGCCCUCUACGUCAUCGUCCAGCAAGGUCAACUGAAGGUCGUGCACGUGUACGGAAAGCACUCCACCGCGCUUACCGUCGGCAGGGGGUUGAAUAAAGACCAAUGGCAUUCUGUAACGGUUAGAAUCGAUGUGCACGCCGCCAAACUCACGGCGAUGGUCGACGACCUCAAGGAGGAAACCGACCUGAAGGGGUUGGACACGGAGAAUAACUACGGAGUUACGGCAAACGUUACUUCGGUUAUUCUCGUGGGAGGUCUAAGUUCCGAGGAACGUCUACACGGCGUCAAAUACAUCAUCGAGUCGUUCGUCGGUUGUAUCAGAGACGUGAUUCUGAGCACUGGCAAGUCUGCUUCGGAUUUGCUGCAAAUCUCUCCCCUGAUUGCCACCAAGCACGAGAACGUCCAGGAAGGUUGCGUAGAUAGGUGCGCCGAAAACCUUUGCUUCAAGGGUUCUAGGUGUGUGAACCAUUACAACUCUGCCACGUGUGAUUGCUUCGGCACCAACUACGAAGGCGAAUACUGUGAUAUUUAUACUGCCACGAUCUUGACACUCCGAGGAUCCUCCUACGUCUCGUAUAGAGUCUACGACUGGAAAGACCGCGUCCAUUCCUCCCUGACACGCUUCUCGGUCAUGUUCAAAACCAGAUUCGACGAUUCGGCUUUGCUGUACGCCGCUGGCGGCGAACACGGCAUUGACCAUUACAUCGCCGCCUCCAUAUACAACAACUCCGUUUACGUGGUAAUGGAUUUCGGCGAAGACCCCAUCACGGUUCGUCUGGGACUCACCCCGGACUUCAAGCUGCAUCAGUGGAACAAUUUGACCAUCUUCCACGAGCACGACAAAGUCCAUCUGGUACUGAACGACGAAUUCAAGACGAUCAACAUCAGCGGCAAUCCGCUGCUUUACAUCGACCCGGAGAUCUACAUCGGCGGUGGGCCGGAGUUGCAGAAGAAAACCGGCUUGAAGUCGAAAAACAACUUCGUGGGGUCGUUGAAGUACGUCUUCUACAACGACAUAUCCAUCAUCUACGAGCUGAACAAGAACAAUCCCAAAGUGCACUACAUCGGGAUUCUAAGACCAGAGUUCUACGAAGCAGACGUUCAGAUCAUACCGAUCACGUUCCCCUUCUCCGCUUCUCACAUCUGGUGGCACAACAACCACACCGAUAUACUGUCCUUGUCGUUCCACUUCAAGGCCAGCAGUAACUUGAGCGUGCUCGCGUCCAGCGAGGCCCAGACCGGCCUCUACUGGGAGGUGAGGGUGGUGAACGACGAAGUGAGGUUCGAGCUUUCCGACGGCAUCAAAAAUACGUCGCACCUGAUCAGCGUGAAGAAGACGCCCGGCAUCUGGCACUACUUGAACUUAUCAUACGCGAACGGUGAGGUGAACGUGACGGUGGACAGUCGUGAGAAAACGGAUAAGAUCGGCAAUCUGACGUUCGCGAUCGGUGAUAAAAUCAAAGUGGCGGCCGGAUCCAGAUCGAAUUCGGGGUUUUUGGGGUGUAUGCGUGAUAUCGCGGUGAACGGGGCUCGGUUAGAGCCCAGAAGCGUGCUCCAAACCGAAAGGGUAGUGGGUGAGGUGACGUUGGACGAUUGUCGGUUCGUGGACGCGUGCUUGAGGCCGAACACCUGCGAACACGGCGGUAAAUGUUCGGUGAAGGAGGACAGGCUCACGUGCGACUGCACGAAUACCGGCUACAUCGGGACGAACUGUCAUUUCGCGUUGUACAGGAAGACGUGCGAGGAGUUGGCGCUGUUAGGGUAUACCAAGCCCGAUGUCUAUCUUAUCGAUAUCGACGGUAACGGGAGAUUCCCACCAGCACACGUUCGAUGCGAAUUUCAGAGUAUCGAAGAGUCCACUAAGACCAUCGUCGAACACAACCUCCCCAGUCAGAUAGACGUGCGAUCUCCUUCGGAGAAAGAUUUUAGUUUCAGCAUUAAAUACAGAGAAUUUAACGCCGACAUGCUACAAGAACUCGUUUCCCACUCCUUGAACUGUAGCCAAUACAUUAAAUACGAUUGCCUCAAAGCUCCUCUCGAGUUGCAUUCGGCGACUUGGUUCAUAAGCUCCGCCAAUCAGACGGUCGACUUUAUAGGCGACGUCAAAAGGGGUACGUGCCCUUGUUCCGUAGGAAGGAAAUGCGAGAAUCCUCAGCAGUGGUGUAACUGUGACGACAUUAACGACGACAAAUGGAACACCGAUGAAGGAUAUUACACCACCGGAGAUAGUUUGGGUAUCACCGAGAUGGUGUUCCUGCAGCAGCCGGACCUGACCGAGGACGCCUUAGGAAGGAUUACCCUGGGACCACUCGAAUGUGUCGAAACGAAUACACAACGGUAUGUCGUGACUUUCACGACGAGCCAGUCGUACAUCGAAGUGCCAGGGUGGAGAAAGGGCGACCUGGCGUUUUCGUUCAGGACCACCGGAAAGAAGGCGAUAUUGUUGUAUCAGCCUCCAAUCAGGCCCAACUAUCCGAGCUUUAUGGUGGCUCUGACUAGCGACUUUCAGCUGACCUUCAAUUUCACUUUGAACACUGGCGUGUCGAAGGAAUUGGUAAUAGUUUCCGGUCGCCGACUCAACGGAGGUGAAUGGCACAAGCUCUGGAUCGAUUACAACAAGUACCACGUCCGAUUCAUGAUCAACGAAGAUUACCAAAUGGUCGACUUGAAACCGGAGGAGGAAUUCGGCCCGUUUGAGGGUUCCAUGUUUAUCGGUGGCGCACCAUAUGAUCUUCUGGACCCGAAAUCAUCGGUGCAUCAGGGAUUGAUCGGCUGUUUCAGGGGGUUGGUCGUGAACGAAGAAAUUUUAGACAUUUAUAGCUACAUGAGCGUUCACCUCAGCGAAAUCAUCAAGGAUUGCAAGCCAUCGUGCGUUCCCAAUCCUUGUCAAAAUGGCGCCCAAUGUCGGGAGCUUUGGAGCACGUUCGAGUGCGUGUGCCCCAAUCCUUGGGCGUACAAAGGGGAAUUUUGCGAAAUCAACAUAAACACGAACGCGUUAACCUUUACCCAUCCCGAGUCGUAUCUUCAUCGGAAUUAUUUGACCAACGAGACUGGCGACGAGAAAGACGUCAUGAGGAGCAUCUUCGAGGAGAAGAUUCUCCUAAACCUACGAACCUACGAUAAUGUGUCGUUGAUAUUCUACGCCAACGAUCAUCUCAACAAUUUCGUGCACCUGUACAUCGACAACGGAACGCAGGUGGUUUACCUAUUCAAUUACGAAAAUGAAAUUUUCAACGUCACCGUCGAUUAUCCAGAACUGAACACCAGCAAGUCGGUUCAAAUCGCGAUCGAACGGGACGAGAACUCAACGACCGUUCACGUGAACGAUAAAAAUGCCACAGUGCCUAUCGGCGUCAAGUUGCUGGAGAAAUAUUCCAACAAGCCUUGGAUCAACACAGAAAAAGAGGUGUUGGCGCCCCAAAGACCUCCCGCUCCUCCUACAGAAUAUUUCCAAUUGAACCUGGGCGGUUAUGACCCCGAAACCUUAUUAAAAGUGUCCAAGUAUCCCGCCCGUCUUCCCGGUUACGUGGGCUGCUUCAGGGGCCUCCAAAUCGGCGACACUCUAAUCGACUUGCCUCCGAAAAUAAACGUCAGCGAUAAAGGUGUCAUAGCGCAUUGCAACAUGAAGUGCGACGCCGAACCGUGCAAGAACAAGGGGAAGUGUAUCGAAGAUUUCCAGAACCAGGAGCACACGUGCGACUGCGAGCACACCAGCUAUUACGGGGAGUUUUGCAACGAGGAAAAGGGAGCGGAUUUCAACGGGGAAGCGAUCCUCUCCAGGGUAUAUGUGCUCAACGGGACGGUGGACCACGUCAAGAUCCAAGUCGCCUUUUCCAGCGUCGACGUUCGGCAAAAGAGUACCGUGCUUCUGUUGUUACAGACCGAAAACAAUCGAAGCUACUACUUGCUGGUUGGGCUAAGUCUCGAAGGUUACCUGAUAAUCCAGGAGGAUAGAGAGGGAGCCGUUUUUUCGGCUACGGUGAACAAAAAGAGCUUCAUCAACGGCGCGAGACACUCGAUUUACUACAAACGCGAUUUUAACGAAUCGGAAUUGUACGUCGACAGGGAAGUGACCCCCAUGGAGCAAAUUCCUGCUCAGACGUUCACGAACAUUCCGGAACAGGGCGAGAACGAAGUUCAGGUGGGGGGUCAAGAGACCAACGAUCCUCGUUUCGCGAUUUACAAGAAGUUCAGCGGAUGUUUGUCGAACAUCGUCAUCGAGGUGAACGAGCACGUGAUGAAGCCUUUGGAGGAGUAUAUGUUGUUUACGAAAACUGGAGCGGAGAAAGUGAAUGUGUCGAACUCGCAUGGGGUGAGGAGCGCCCAGUGCAGUGCGGAUUUCGAUGUGGUCCACGAGAAGACGGCGGGAACACCAAAUCUGAAUAUCAGCCAGGGGAAGGACAAAACGUGGGUUCAAGACGCUCCCCAACGCAUACUAUACACGUCCAUAUACUCUGCCGAUUCUAUCGAAGAAGACGGCACCAGUCAACUGGUGGUUAUAAUUUUGGCGUCCUUUUUCCUGCUGGUGUUGGUCUGCAUCAUCUACGAUGUGUACCGCACGAAAAAACGAUACAAGCGCAGAAAAGAGUACGAGACUGACGCGAGCAUAUUGCUUUCCAAGCAACAGGCCGCGUUGCUGCUGCAAGACAAUAAUAAACCCCCUGUCGAUCACGACAAUAACCACACCAAACCUCCGGGUUGGAUCCCGUUGGAAAAAUCCAACGGGAAUGUGGUGAACGGUACCAAGGAGGUGGAACCCGCUGAAGAUCCUUCUAAACCUCUCAAGCGAGCUGACAGUCGUCGCGAAAAACAGAAACGGAUAAGUUUCAGAGAUAGUGCAAGCGAAUUGACGUGGGAUACACCCGACGAGACGUCGGAAAUGCUGACUCCGAUGGCGGAGGUAGCGGAAGAGGACGAUGCCGAGGAGGAUGCACCGAAGCCAGUAAGUAACGGGAAUGUCGCGCGCAUGGCUCCUCUGAGCUCUAUAAGCGAAGUGACGCUCUAUAAUCCGGAUAGGAAAUCAUUGAUAAUCCCCAAUGGUGACGACGCUGCACCACCGACCCAAAACGAACUUCGAGAGGAUGGCGAGACGGACGACAUGUCUCGACCAGAAUCGCAAACUCCGGUUUCCGUGGACGAGGCUACGUCCCCAAAACCCCUGACGAUCACCACCAACACCAAGCCAGUAUUAGUUGGGGAACAUUUUAGAAAGUUCGACAACCCGAUCAGUUACCUGGGUGGUCCAAAACUCGCCCCCAGGAAUCGAUGGAGUUUGGACAGCGUGUUGUCCGUGGACUAAAUCGCGUUCGCUUUAAAUUAGAGUAUGAAUGAAUGCAAGUAGUCUGAUCUCCGAUUUAAGAGGAUAUUUUUGUAAAUAAUCAAUUGCCUGCGUUAUUCGAGUAACGAAAAUUUGAGGAGUAUAAUUUAUGGCCAACAGUGAAAGUAAGCACUCUGUAUUUUGUUUACAAAGCGAUAAUAAAGCGAACUUGCGAAGUGAAUGGUACUGAUGACCAUAAAAAACCAAAUUUCUGAAAAAUGGAAAACUUCUACCAAAAGAAAUUUGUUUGAAAAAAAGAACAUAAUAAAAGCCAGUUUCUAAAAACAAACUUUAAAAAUAUUUUAGGAAAGAUAUCGCACACAAAUAUCAUAAAAAACGGAUGGCUUAAAUAACAUUGUUGAGCAGUAUUGCAAUUUUUUUCCUUUAAGUUGCUUGUAGAUUGCCGAACGUAACUACAAAAAAAUCUAGUUACUGUUUACUAUCAUCAUUCCCAAAUACUCGCGUGUACGCAUUGCCUUUAUUUAAAAGUUAAAUGUUGAUUACGGUAGAGCAGCGUAAAAAAAUUAUUUGCGCCAUAGUUUUCUCACAUUUUUAAAACGACGUGUAGAAUAAUUGAUUCGUCUUGCUUUAAAAAAAAAAGGGUGAAUUUUGCUAUAGGCCAUCUAAAAAUAAUAUCUGCUUGUCCUUGUUUGCUCUGUUUAAAUUUUGAAAUGUCUAAUUAUAGUUUUUAUAGUGAAUUAUUUAAUUUUAAUUUGGAUUAAAAAUUGUAUCUUAUAUAUAGUUUUUGUUUUACUCUGUAUCUCAAGAAGGAGUCCAUAUCGGAACUUUUUUAUUAUUUUUGGAUGACCGAAGAAUAUCUUUUUGAAACACCCUCCACCAUGAGAUUGCCUGGAUCUGAUGCUUAGAAUGAAUAUAAUUUUCAGCAGUUUAAUUAGAGCUCGCCUUGGAGCGUUCUCGGGCAAAUAAAAACUGUUGUACAUCUUUAUUUGGAAUUGUUGCUAGAAAAACCAGUAUUAUUAAAGUGAUCAAAUA